AGCAGUGAUCUCAGUAUAGAACUGGGAGCGUUUCUCUUCUGCUGGGUCCCGAGGUAGUUAAUCAGACAUAUAAGGGGGUUUUUCAGGCUGGAAUCUUAGAUUUUAUUUUUAUUGAUUAUAUUAGUCUCAUAUAAUCUAGUCUGCUCUUUAUGUAGCAGAGGAUAACUGAUUUUGCCUUUCCCUUCCGUGUGCUGGGAUUACAGAUGGGCGUCCUCCUCCCACGAUGAAAUGUGGCAACUGUGGUGAGAUUUCAGAGAAGUGGCAAUAUAUCCGACUGAUGGACAGUGUGGCGUUGAAAGGUGGCCGUGGCAGUGCCUCCAUGGUCCAGAAGUGCAAACUGUGUGCACGGGAAAACUCCAUUGAAAUUUUGAGCAGCACCAUCAAGUCUUACAACGCUGAAGACAAUGAGAAGUUCAAGACAAUAGUAGAGUUUGAGUGUCGUGGCCUUGAACCAGUUGACUUCCAGCCCCAGGCCGGGUUUGCCGCCGAAGGUGUGGAGUCAGGGACAGUCUUCAGUGACAUCAAUCUGCAAGAGAAGGACUGGACAGACUAUGACGAGAAGGCUCAGGAGUCUGUGGGGAUCUUCGAGGUCACCCAUCAGUUUGUGAAGUGCUGAACUAUGUUCCUACAAACUUGCCUGGAAGAACUGAGAGGAGAAAAGGGCCCUGAGCAGCAAAUCCCACGGAGGCUUCUCAUCGCGAUCUCCCAGCACCUGUAGCAGCCUUCACAGUCUGCAUGCCGGGGUUUGUCACGGUUCUGAGUCCCACCAAUAAAGCCCCACUGGUGUGUGAA